GCGGUUUAAAUCAUUGAGGUUCCAAAAGUUCGAUGAAGAAGAAAGGUAAAGUGAUGAAAGACAAAGAGUCCAACAUGUCCGACCAAGCUGAGAAGAAGACUACCAAGACGACGUCGUCGGAGGUGACACAAAAUGGACACACAUCCCCGACAGAGAAUGGCAUGUCGAGGGAAGUGGACGCUCAGACAGGACAAAUGACAUACACAAUCCCGGCACAAAAUGCCAGGGGACAUUCGCCAAAUAGCUUAUCCCGGCCGGCGCCCGGGCAUCGGGGAAACUCCCCGAAUCGUUAUUCACCAAAUCAGGCGCAGUCACGUGACACUAGUCCCCAAACGAACCAUGCAAAUCAUGAACAUGUUGUUCACGUGCACGUGAAUCCUGGCGAGACAUUCUCUGUGCGAGUAGGAGACCAGAUUCAGUUCAUACAAGGAAGACCCUGGCCCCCAACCACUGAUAUCAUAGGUCCAGCUACAGUCAGAAUGGUGUCAAACAAUGGGCCACCGAUGCCGAUGCCAAUGCAGGUUCCUCCGGGUCACAUGGUACAACAAAUUGUGGACGAAAAUGGCAUCUUGACGCAUGUAAUAUUAUCACAACAGCCUCCGGGGCCGGGCAUGGGGCCCAGCCAGCCUAUGACUGUAGGUUACUAUGGUGGACCAAACAGCCCUCCACAGCAAGUGUACCCAACAUACGGACCACAGUACUCUGCGCAUUACCCAAACCAGUACCCACCUCAGCCCCACCAACCACACCAUGGUGCGCCGCCCCACAUGCACCAUGUGGCACCGCCACACAUGCAUAGCACGCCACCGCCUCAUCAGUGUAAUAACCACAGUCAUGCGCACCCACAUAUACACCCAACACAAGGUCCUCCCCCAUCACACCACAAUCAUUCAUCUCACAUGGAUGAUCGAGCAAUCCAGCAGAAAGCCAAACUCCAGGACAAGCUACGGAAACGACAUAAAGAGGGUUACUACAAUGCUCAAAAUGUCUCGCCGAGAAAAAAUAAAGGCAAAAUGAAUGGUGAUAUAAGGAAAAAUGAAGUACACAGUAGUUCAUCGAGUGGAGAUGGCCAGGAAAUAGAGGAGGAACAGAGGCUAAUACAAGAAAUUUUAUCAAAAAUGCAGCUUCCAAAGAUCUCCAACGUGGAAUCGAGAAGUGCCUUGAUCGUGCUGAUACCACCCGAGUGUAAUAAUCAGGACUUUAACAUAGAUCAGGCCGACUUCAAGUAUGAACUACUCCUGUCUGACAAGGGAAAGGAUGGGAAAUAUAAACUAGUCUACAGUGGUGAUGCAACAGAAAUCACGCUGCAAGACCUGAAACCAGCAACCGAGUACCACCUGAGGGUGAGUGCUCUGCUGGAUGAUAUCAAGGGGGACACCACAGAGUCAGUCAGUUUUAAAACAAAGGCUUGUGAACCAGAUGCUCCCUCGCAACCGAAGCUCGCCAGUCGUACCAAGACAAUGUUACAGUUAAAAUGGAGUGCGACAUCAGACAACGGUUCAAAAAUCGUCAGUUAUGUUCUGGAGUAUGACCAAGGACGGGGCGACGGGAGGGAGUCGAGUUUCACGGAGGUGUACAGUGGUUCACAAAAACAAUACAAAAUGACCAAGCUAAAUGCCUCGACUGGUUAUGUGUUCAGACUGGCAUCAGUCAAUUCUAUCGGGAAAAGCCCGUUCUGUGAGCAGAUGUGUUACUUCACAAGCGGUAGCGCCCCCUCACAACCUGAUCCGCCAAUGCUGUCUGACCGAUACGUCAAGGCAUUGACCAUCUCAUGGAUCCGACGACCAAAUGACGAAACAUUCACAUUACAAAUGGAAGACGAGGCCACUGGUCACGGUUUCAUGUCUGUAUACAACGGCCCAGACCUCUCUCACACAAUCAAAAACCUUCGCAGAAACACUGAAUAUAAAUACAGGUUAUGUGCUAACAAUGAAGAGGGCAACAGCCGAUGGAGCGACACAGUGUGUUACCGGACAAAACCAGACCGUCCUGGCGCGCCGGGGAAACUACAGGUCAAAGGGAAAGUGCAUUCAGCAAGCUUCAAGGUGAUCUGGGAUGCCCCCAAGGAUUCUGGUGGGACAGAAAUCACAAAAUAUGUGCUGGAGUUGGACGAAGGAAGGGGGUUUGAUAUUGUGUAUGAAGGUGCUGAGAGGGAAUUUAUAUGUGAUCGCUUAAAACCAGGACACACGUACCGGCUACGUGUAUCUUGUGUUAGUGCAGGGGGCCACAGUGAUAAUUCUGACUCCUGUAGCGUAACCACACUUGCCAUGGCGCCCGGUCCUUGUCAGUCUCCAAAGCUGCAGGGGAAACCCAAGGCAACUUCGUUACAUUUGAGGUGGUUGUAUCCUGAUACAGAUGGGGGUGCGGGCAUCUGUGAGUACGAGGUGCGCAUGACACUACCCGACAACACGUCACGAGAAGUCUAUAAAGGCCGGGACCUGGACUGUGUUGUAGCAGGCCUUUCACCUGGUCGACCAUAUUUAUUCCACGUUAGAGCUUUCAACAAAGCUGGGGCUGGUACCUGGUCUGAUGCUUUAGAAGUUGUAAGUGGUGCUGGUGUGCCCGACCCACCCAAGGCCCCUGUGGCCCACUGUCGCUCCUCACACUGUGCAAUAAUCAACUGGGAAGAGCCCGUCAACAAUGGUGCUACUAUUACGGAUUACAAGUUAGAAUGGCAACAGAAGGCUGAGGCUGACUAUAUGCAGCUUUACUUUGGUGCGGCAUUGAAUCAUGAAGUUCGAGGACUUCAACCAGCUACUACUUAUAACUUCAGGGUGCAGGCCAUCAACAGUGCGGGUCCGGGACCAUUCAGUGCUAUAUCCAGCUGCAUCACACCACCUUCCAGCCCGGGGCCAGUGGUCUCAUUUCGUGGCAUACCGACAGCGACCUCUAUCAAGCUGACAUGGAAGGAGCCCCACGACAACGGUAGUGAGAUCAUCUCGUACAACAUUGACCUCGGCGAUCGACACUUGUCCGUCGGCAAUGAGCUGGAGUACACAAUCUUAGAUCUAGUCCCUGAAACAACAUAUAAAAUCCGCAUCCAAGCCGUGAAUGGCAUUGGUGUCGGCUCAUUCAGUGCUCCCAUGAAGAUCACAACGCGAGCAUUACCUCCACCACCACCCCGGCUGGAGUGUCUCAGUUGCGGGCCAAACACCCUCAAGUUGAAGUGGGGAGACGGGAAGAAUCCAGAUCUUAUACAGUACUGCCUCGAGAUGAUGAGAGACAAUGGAAGCUUUUACAAUGUGUACCAAGGCACUAGUCAUAAUCACAAAGUGAGUAAACUGAACGAACUGACAGAAUACAGUUUCCGGAUCUGUGCAAGUAACGAAGCGGGACAGGGUGACCGGUCAGAGGAAUACGCAUUCAGGACGACCAAAGCGCCACCACCUGCCAUCAGACCCCCAAAAAUCAGUGACAUAACGACCGAGUCAUGUGUGAUCGAAUGGAGUCCGUGUCGACCGAUGGGUCACGACUCGAUAUUGUACAUCGUACAGAUGCAGAAUAGUCGAGAGUCAGAAUACAAACAGAUCUACAAGGGUUCCGAGACCAGUUUUUCGCAGAACCAGUUACAAGCCAAGACGGAAUAUCUCGUGAGAGUGUGUGCCAUACGCCAGUGUUGUGAUGAUACGGGGGACCUGAUUGGUGCUUUCAGUCCGGGUGUUUCAUUCAUCACGCAGAGCAUCCAGCCAAUCAAAUCCUCGACAUCGAAGGCCGCAGAAGUCAAACAGACGAUUUGUGAACCACGGCAGUGGACGGACAAACAGCAAGCGAUGAUCAUUCUGGCUGCGUUCACAGUAUUUGCGAUCGUCAUGGCGAUGCUGGCUCAGCAGCUGGUUCAGUAUACAAUGCAGGACUAGUUGUAACUGGUUUGCUGGUCAGGUCUGUCUCAUGUCAACAUGACAGAAACAUGUGGACAUUUGCAUUUAGAACAUAUUGUACAAUGUCUACACAAGUUUAUAUCAAGUUAGCAUGAGUUAGACAGUUGUCUUACUUUCACUGCCUUUUAAGUCUUAUCUUCCAGUAAACAUUUAGAUUAUGGAGGUGAUAUUUUGAAUCGGGUUUCUUUGUGGGAAAUGUUGGAAAUUUCCUAAAAACAUUCUCGGUGGUUCUUGGGUUUGAACAGAAACACUAACAAUGUGUUAUCUAGAUAAGACAUGACCGAAGGGUUAUUGUUAUCUUAGGUCUUGAUUUACUCAGUCGCCUCCAUAAUCUAAAGCAAAUUGAAUGAUAUCUUGCCUACCAGUUUUGACGUGGUUUGAUUCUCAGUACGAAUAUGGUCUUUGGCUUCAUAUACAUGUACAUGUAUGUAUAUUUUUGUGACAGCAGCCUAAAAAAACCCAAGUUAUAUCCCUUUCAAAAGUUUUUUUGACACAUGUUGGGAAUAUUGUGUAUGAUAUGAUACUAUGUGUAUUGAGUUUGUUACCCAUGUGUAUUAGCCAAAAAAUAAGUGUAAAAGCAAAGCAAGGAUUCUUGAGUUUGAUGCUAAAAUAUUGAUGACAUCAGAUGAUCAUCAUUAUCAUAAAAAUAUCACUUAAGUUUGGAUCCGGCCUUCUACAAUAGGGAUAACCGGCAAACGGUUCAACAGGAUUCAGUCUGUGAAAAAGUACCUGUCCAGUUUCAUAAGACUGCAUGAGGGUAACAGAAAAUCGAACACACCACCACAAUGUUUAGCUUAAUUUAUUACUGGGCCGUUGAGAGGCUUAAUACAUCCUAUGUACUACAUUCAGGUGACCCAUUUGAACUCUCAGUGUCGUUAAAUACACGGAUAUCCCCUUGUGUAUUCUACCUGGUACAGAUGUGUUUGCUUCAAUCAAUGCAAAAGUACCUCUGUAAAUCUCUUAUUCAUUAAUCAAUAUUUAGGUUUAACUUUUAAAUUCUGAUAUGAGUUUUAUAUUCAUCAUCUUGUAAACUCCUUGAGUUCAAGUUCUUCGAACAAGUUUGUUUUCCUCUUGUCUGUUUUAAGACGAAUUUUGGUGAGAGGCAUUGAUGGAACUAGUUUGCUAUCCUGAACUGAAGUUUGGAAAGUCUGAAAAUUCAUCAAAAUACUAGCUAACGUACGGCCUCAUCGAUGUGUCGUCACUUUCUUUGUUAUCUUUUAGUGAAAAUGGAAUGACGAAGGCAUAAAAUGACUAAUCAAAGAUGCCAGGAAUCAGCAGUUUUACCAGAAGGAUCUCUUCAAGAGUUUGAAACCUGCCCAUUUGAUUUCAAGUUUCCGUGACUCUGCUCUGAAAUUUCCAUGACUCUAGGCCAGUUUCAGUUUAUAUUCAUUUAUUCUAUUAAUUCUCUGCAUUUCCUCUGAAGUGGGUCAGUACUUUGGUUUGUUGUGUCAUUUAGAUCCAGCUUAUUUUACUCUCUUAAGCAAUUCAUUUGUACAUAUUCAGGCUCAGUCACACAGUACAAAGAAUUCUGUCACCGAUCUGGUAAAUUUAUCGCCUCUUUCUUCACAACAAACUUGUUCAAAAAAGUUCCCUACCGGAAAAAUAUUGACAAUGUGUUUUUCGUAAUCUCCAUUCACUUGUUUAAAUUCCAUAAAUUUUUCUCAACAAUUGUUUGUAUGAUAUGACUUGGACUUACUAUCCAACCUAACCUCCCCUAAGAUUUUGAAAAGGACCUUCCUCUCAAUGCAUCAGUCUAAUUUGGUUUGGUCCAUUAUCAAAUUUUAGGGGUGGUUCGGGUGAUUUUACUACAAAGGUGAUAUUAAACUGCUAAACAUUAUUUAACUAUUGUAACUAUUUAAAGAUAGAGUUUCUUUUUGUGAGACCAUUUGUGUGUAGGAUGUAAAACUAAUAUAAAACUUGUACCCAUUAUAUUGAAUAUAAAUACAAAAAUAUAUAUAUGAAAUGAGAAUUUUAGUUCUAAUUAAGAUAUUUUUGGAGAAAAUUACCUAAAACUUAAUGAAUGUGGUAUUGUCUUUAAUUAGAUGUCACGAAGAAUAAGUGUCUCUGAAAUCAAUAUUGUCAUAUAUCACUACAUGUUAUAUUCAAAAAAAAAUAUGGCUGGUCAUGACGGGCGUAUUGCCAAUAUGAAAAAAAUCAAUAUUUUGGAUGAAUUUCUUAAUUUCUUUUUGUUAUUCAAGAGAUCUUAACAGUCGGAUCGGCACAGUAAGCAUGAGAUAUCAGACUAUAAACCCACAUUCUUUUGUGUCACUUUGAAAAUAUGUGAAAUUUCACCAAAUUUGUCGAUUUUGGCCCAGCAUGAAAUGUUGAUAUAUGGCUGAUGACCAUUUUUUUAAACAACAUCAUUUAUUGAUUGAACUUAUAAUACAUUAAGAUGUAGUAGAAAUAUGUAUGUUGUGUGUUCAGCGUUGGUUUUUGAAGUAAGAACAUUUGGAAAUGCCUUUUUGGUUUGUUGGGUAUUGUUUGUUUGUGUAACUAUUCAAAGUACACUACAACCUUAUUGAAUACAGGUUGAGAUGUUGAGGAGGUACAGGGUGUAAAAAAAUAGUCUUGCUACUUUUAGAGUUGAGUAACGCUUUUGAGAAAAUAAUUUUUUUUCAAAAACAGUUUCAUGCCUUUCAAAAAAUUUCUCGAUUUCUCGAAAAGUAGCAAGACUUGUUUUACACCUAACAGAAUCGCUUUUUGUUGGUUCUAGAGCAUUUAUUUCUGUCAUGAUAACAGAAUGUUUUGGCAAGUUUCGCGAAGCGGUUUACUUGUAAAUGCAGGCUCCAUGUCGGAUUCUACUUGUACCCCCCCCCCCCCCAAGGGUUGGAAACCUUAUCACCUAUACAAAUUCUUGAGGGUCAAGCAUAGAUAUCAGAUCAUCACGUGGGAAACUAUCCUGAUGAAACGUUAAGAGGCAAUGUUGUAUCUUGUUGACCCCUGGGGGGAGGUACAAGCUACAAAUUGAUAGUUGCAUUAGGGUGAAGUAAUAAUGUUUUCAGUGUCCACCAUGGCCAGCCAUAGCGUCAGCCGCUACCAGUGGAAACUUUCAUACAUAACAAACAAAAACCUCGUUAAAAAUUGAUCAACUUAGGAGAGAGAAGUUUCAUUGUACUGUCAAUUUGGCACGUUGUGUGUUUCAUCCGUAAUUGUAAUACAUAAACGCUGUCCAAUCAAAUCUAUCCAGUGCAUUGUGGGUACCUGACGUUGUUGUGCGUAUCUGGCCUUCUGAUAUAAAACUGUUGUCACCAAACUCGUCAUAGCUGUAGCAUUUUUCCGUGUUCCAUGGAUAAUUUUUUUCAGUGGCGUUUUAUGUUCACCAUUAAUAAGUGUAUAAUCAUCCAUGUAAAUGUAAAGUCGCUUAUAAACUGUUACCAUUUACUUAAUUACUUCUUAGACUGAUUAGAAAAAUGUCAUCUGCCAAUCUUCAUCUUAAUAUAUCAUAACUAGUAUAGUUAUUUGAAUAACUAAUUAAACAGAAAAUGGUGCUGAUGGGUGUCCUUAUGAUAGCUACACACGUACAGAACUCCGUAUUAUAAUGGAUAUAAUAGAAUGAUAAAAACAGGCCUAGACAUAUUCCAUGUUUGUGUAUUCUUGUGUUGACAUAUUUCAAGUCCUAUUUGACUGAAAAUGCUGUAGAUUUGGUGUGGACUCUGAAUGAAAAUGUAAUAAGGAUUAACCCUUGCUCGACACCACCGUUUUGGCUAGAGCUUGAAGACCUAAAGCAAGCAGUACUCUUUCAAAUCGAAGUGAAUGCCAAUUUCAAGGGUGGGAGUCAACCUUGGUAAUAAGUGUGCCGUUAAAUUGAAAACUAGCUAUUUCGCCAACUUUUAGCUUCACAGACAUUUCAGAGUUGAGAGUAAAUGGUAUAGUUGGCAAGGAUGCUAGGUGUUUUGAAAUCACAGAAUGCCAGAGCAUGUUUGGCUGUAUAUCUUGUUAAACACGUUGAACAACCAUAUUAAGGUGGGACAAUGCCGAAGGGUUGUGAUAUUACAUCGCAUUAUUUGUUUCUUCAACCAGGUGCACCGCUGAUCAUAUUAGAGAAAUCGGUACAAAUUUUGGAUUUUAUAAGUCCCAUCCUGUCUUUAGAAGGUGAAGGGUUAAUUUAGAAUGAUGGCCUUAUACUUAAAAUGAGCUUAAUAUGCUUUGCAUGUUUAUCGGGACAUUUUCUUCGAUACAAAAAUUCUGUUUGAAUUCCUCCUUGGCCUGUAUAUGUAUGUAACUUUAGGAUAGAUGGUUUCAUUUCAUGGCGGCGAUGUUUGAGGGCUUUUUAGGGCGACGUAUGUUCUGUGGUUGUAGGCCUUGUUGAUGUUGUAACUCAGAGUGACACAUGACCUGAUACACGUUCUCCCAGAGCUUGUCGAAUUAUUAAGUUGGUAGCCGGGGGGUGGUGACAGGCUCAUUUUGACUGGCUGGUCAGCAGUCGGGAAUGGGAUGGUUUUCCAUACAUCAAUCAAAAGUAGGGAAGUAUGGAAAACUACCUCCUUCCUGACUGUUGAGAUUAAUAAGUGCUCUCUAUAACCAAUCGACUGGGAUUAUAUUUAAGUGAUCAUUGGAAUGUCCCAAAACAGCACUCUAUGAGCAACUCCUUGAUAUCACAGGGAUUUGAUUUGAACUUGAACAAAAAUCUGCCAUUCUCUCAGACUUGGCAACUAAUUCAUAACUUUCCUUCCGUGUAACGAUAAGACUGAAUUGAAGAUUAUUUACUUACUUGAAAAUAGCAUUUGCCCCUCUACCCAGCCAGUGAAUAGUGAGUUUUUGAUGGCCGCAACGUCUCAGCAUCACCCUGGCUAUCUGACAGUAAUUCGUAAAGCCUCUCUUUUCUCUUGUUCUAUGCUUGUGGGCAAAACCUUAUGAAUUCGAAGCGAGAUGCAGACACUGUGUCUUUCUUCACUACACUGUUUUUGGGUGUUUUCUGGUGGUGCAUUUGUUUGAAUAGAUACACCUGGUGAGUCCAUAUUAUAACUGCAUGCCCGAGUUUUCAACUGUUCCAGAUCUCAAGUCAAAAUGCUCUCCUUCCAUGUGAGUCUCAUGCCAUAGCCUGCUGAAACUUUGAUGCAUAAUUUUGGGUUUCAGGCUAGCAAAAUGUAACUUGUACCAUUUUGACUUGGGUAAAAGGGUGGCGUGUUGAAAACUCCAGCGUGUUGUUACUGAGUUUCCAGAGAAUGGGUCUGGCAUGGACUCUCUGCUGUUAGUUGUUUGCUUUGAUGAGUCGUGCCUUGUUUCAAAACUUGUAUAAACUGAAAUGCAGCAUGGCCCGAAAAAUGUUAUGAAUGAUUUUGACAAUGUCAAAUAGUCACUGCAAAAUGAAAAAUACUUGAAAUAUUCAGGAACAAAAUUACAGUGCAUUUAGAAUUUUCGUAAAAAUGGCAAUGUUUUAUGAAGUGAAAUUCUACCUGGUAAGAUUUAGCAACGGGUACGCGUAUUUUUUCUUUAACAUGAAUGUAGUAAUAAUUUGUUGAUAAUGAAUUUGAAUAGUGAUUGCAAACAUUCCGUUUGUUUUGAGUUUUGCAUGAAUUGUUUUUCUGAAAUAUUACACCAACACUUUAAGUUUUGUAGAAAGAAUAGUUAAGUUUUCUUUCGUUGUUUUCAAAAUUUGAUUAAUUAAUUUCAUCAGUUUCACUUUCCCCUCUCAAAAUGAAUUCAUGAAAUAAAUCUUCAUUUGCCAAUAUCCAAUACCAUUGGGAAACGGUGAGGCUAAGUCCUGCAGAUAACUAUGACGUCUGCUUAAUUAUUUCUGAGCUGUCUUAGCUUGCCUCGUGUCGUUCCCUCCCGGCCGAGUUAUACGUCACGUUGGUCAACUUAAAAAUGAACAGAUCAUUUCCAAAGUGCCGGCUGCAGCCAGAAGGCCCCGAUAGAGCACUUUAAGGUUUCGCCACAAUAGACCACAGAGCAGUUAAGAUUCAAUUUGGAAGUCGAAUCCAUUCUCCUGAUAUUUCGUGGCGUAGAGAACUUCUCUGGCUAUGAUUCAUUGUCAUUCAAUGAAAUGAAAUGACUGCAUGAUUCUCGAACAAUUUACUAAAGUAUUUUGAAACGUCUCCCUGAGUGGACUGUUUGUUAACUAAAACACCUUUGUUGUUUAUCCUCUGUUUUUUCUUUCAUUUUGCUUGUUAUGUUUUCAUUAGUUCUGUACCUUGUGCAAAGUUAAGGUGAGAAUCUGUUAUCAAAAUCACAGUGGGGUGAAGAAAGCAGUCUUAUUUGGUGGUCGCUGUGACUUGUGCAGUGGUUCUGACUCUAUCGCUUCAGUUUGAUAAGUUUAUCUGUGGAGUUGAAACUCUGGGGUAGCAGGGGGAGCCAUACUGGAUACUUAUUUAACAUACAUACAUUAGAUUAGUCAUUCUAAUUACAUUUCGAGUGGCUUUAUAGAGUUAUAUCUUUAUUAACCUUGAGUGAGCCGAAAAUACUUUGAGUGGGAAAUUCCAUACACUUGGAUUUCUCCAAAAUAUUCUCUGUUGACUUGAUCAAGUUGUAUGAAGUUUUGGCACUCACGUUUAUCAUAAUCAAAUGUACAGUUAGACUAUGUAUCAUAGCAUUGUACUACACGAACAGAAUUUAGUCCUGAUUCGUCCCACAUUGACAAAUAAUCACUGUAUAUAAGUACAGAGUAAUGCAGUAAUAUCACACGUGACAUCUGGUCAACUUGGAUCGAGAUGAAUAGUACCUGUGUGCUCAUCUCAACCCUAAUUGACUUUGAACGCAUAUACAUUUCACAUGGGACUCUGCACUGCAUCUCCAGCUAGCGUGGUGAAACCGACUCGGCCUUGAGAACGGAGGGUGGGCUGCUGUCAGUCAUACUGUUCUAAAGAUCGAGAAAUUCCAUCUGGUCAAGAUGGAUGUAACUAUUUGUGUUGAUUUUCAUCAAUGCCCGAGCUCCGCCGCGGACCACCUGAAGUUGUUAAAGGCUCAAGUCUGUCUUAAUUCAGGCCGAACACCACAGGUUUGGGGAAGAACUCGGCACUUUUGUACAGCAUGACUUAUAUUAUAUCUCCACACUCCGAGUAUUUCUGCAAAUUUGUGCGACAUUUCUGUCGAGAUGACGUCUGCUUUGUUUAUAUUAUUCCUAUAAUUUUGCUGAAGACGCAAAGCAAAUGUCACCUCGAUAAAAUGGAGGCCGAUAAAUCCCAGUGGAGUAUUUUCAAAUCUUCAGAAUCUUUCUGCGCAAUAUUUCUGUAUUGUGCAAUUUUAUGAUAGAGCAACACUUUGACGAAAAGUUUCAUGCCAAAUUUGCCAGAGUUGGCUGUACAUUCUAUAAGGACACUGUAAAUAAAUGUACAGUUGACUGUGGUAGGCUUUCAUGAAACUGAAAGUGCUGCCAAUAUUUCACUUAUUUAUAAUGUUUGUUAAUGAAUACUUCUCUUGAUUUCGGGUUGAUGGCAAUUUUCAUGUUUCGAGACGAAUUCUGAGAUGAUUUGAAGAAAAUAUCAAACUGGCGUUGUCAUAGACCUUGACUGGUGGAUAUGUUUGAGCAGUACUGUACUUAAACCUCCCUUGCAUACAGUCACAUAUGUUAGAAUUAUGUGCCAGAGAAUGUGCUAAAGCAGUACUGUAUUGAAACCUCCGUUAUGUGUACAAUCACGUAUGAUAGAAUUGUGUGUAAGGAAAAUCUUAAACAGUACUUGAAAUGUCCCUGGUGUGCACAGCUAGGUUUGUAAGACUUGUGUGAGAAGGAAAAUCUUAUUGGGUAAAACAGGCUAACACAAUUUUCAAAAUUGGUCUUAACCGUGGAAUGUUGUUCUAUGACGGUCUCUGCCUCAUAAUGUGGCCAGGAGAUUGCUUCACUGAUAUUGCGCUCGGUUUUAUCAACGUCUUGACCGGAAAUCUUUGAAAAAAUUCACUCUAAUCUCAGAAGUUGCUUAUAAAAUCCUAACACUUGAAAAGUUGGCUCUUGAUGUCUUCUUCAAAUUAUCAGAAUUCGAAAUUUGCUGUCAAUUGUUACAAAUUUAGAUUUGUUUUUGCCUUAUUGUACAGUUUAUGUUUAAGAUAAUAUGUCAAGGCUUUAUUGUUUUGACAUUAUUCGGUCACAGGUGACCACAUCAGUUGGGUCACAUGUCUGACCACAUUACUCUCAGCCUGUUGGAACUAGUUGCCUGGUAUGGAUUCAAAAUGACCUGACUGCCGCCUCGGGUGAGAUAUUUCUGAACAAUUUCAAAUUAUUACGCAGCUGAAGUUCUCUUCAUCUGAAUUCGGUAAGAAUUAAUAUACAUUUUAUGUAGAACCUGUACAUUGUGUAGUCGCAUUUCCAAACAAGUUUAGAUGAAGAGAAAAAAUAUGAUACACCCCUUCAUAUCAAAAAUUGACAGUUCCAUUGUCUUGGUACAGUGUUGAUCUGAGUUCAGUUCAUUCUGGUGUGAGGGUGUGUGCAGACUAUGACAAGCCCUUGUAAAGAAGAUGUAAGCUUCAAUGUAUGCAUGCUAGACUCAAAAUGUAUUGUAUCUGUUCAAAUACUUUAAAUAUAAGAUAUAUAUAGAUAUAUAUAUAUCUCAUUGAUAUAAAAAAGUAGAAGCUUGUGCUACUCUUGUCAUUAUUCAAGGUGAGGGAAUAAGGUCACAGAUACCAAGGUCACCAUCAUUGCAAGGUCAUCUCGAUAUGUCUGCUUCAGGGGGGCAAAUGUACUUAAAACUGGCUUUGUUGAUUGGUUAAAAACACCCAAGGUCAACAACGCCUAAUUGAACAACAGCUUUUGAACUGACCUACAUAUUUUUGAACUGCCCAACCAGAUGCAAGUUUUGGUACUUAACACUUACUCAGUCAAUCUUCAAAUUCAAUGUUAACCGCCCUUCUUAUUGAAAUGGUGCUGCAACCUUGAAUUAGGACUUGCAAUCCUAGACGACUUUAAAGUAUCCAAUGUGACCUUGGUUAUGAGGUCACAUUCUUCUUGCAUCUGAUCAGAGACCUGCGACAAUUAUCACUUUUGUGGGGUUCAUCCUGGGUGCCAACGACAAGAAUCGACCAUCGUUGCAACCUUUGAUGAAUGUUCAAUCAAGCAGUUACCACUUUACCCGCAGAGAAGAGAUAUUUUGUUGCAUGUAGCAGUAAUAAGUGUUGCAAGUCUCUGCCAUCUCUACAGAUGAUCACAAGUGUAGCACAUGCUGUGAUGUACAAAACUGGUGUCUAUCAAUUUUCCGCUAAAAACUAAAUGAACAGACCAAAAAUUGUGGAGUAAAAAUAACCCCAUUAGAAAAUUUCAAGUUAUAUGAGUCUUUGCCUCUCGAAUCUCUUAUUUUCAUCUUCUGUGGAGUCAACUAUCGCAGUUUCACAUCUCUUUGAAAUUUCUCAUUAAAAAAUCAUUUCUUUUGGUUGACACCUCUGUAAUCUCGCACAGCUAUCUUUCAGUGAGUACAGUUUCCCGUUUUUCUGGUUGUGUGAGACUAUGGACUUGUCGACUUCUUCAUG